AUGUGUGCAUCAAUCUUUUCCAAGUCUGCCUCUCAGUGCAGAUCCUAUGGCAAUGGCUCUCAGGUGAUUCACUUCAUAACCAAUAGCCAUGAAUGCGGUGUCAGAUAUUCAGAGAAUGAGACGUCGGAAUAUGAACUCGUUUUAUACAUCCAAAACGACCGCAAUAUUCAGCAAUCAAGCGAUGAAAAAAUGGAAGUCAAAUGUUGGCCACAAGAAGUUCAAUUGAGAAAAGUGGUGGCACUGGGAGGUCCCCAACAAAGCAAGUUAAGCGCAAAGAGUUUGUAUGGGGGCGCAGAGGUAGACUUGCAGGAGAUGAGUGUCCACAACUACUCUACCCUAUCAUAUAUGUCGGAAUCGCUGGAAUGCCGUAUGGAUGUGAUGAGGGGUAGAAUACCUUUCCUUAAGCCCAUUGACGGCUUCAUAGACUUGGGCCAAGACGUGACUCUUCUCAUCAGAAUUAAGGAAAUCGAUGGUAUCGACUCAAUGGUCUCCAGAUGUUAUGCACACGAAGGCUCACAUGCGGUCAAACAAGAACUCACUAAUACUGACGGAGGCAUAGGUAUUGGGUAUGGUAUGAGUGGACCAGUGCUUCACCGAAUAAAGAGACUCGCAUUGCAUGGAAAGCAACGAAAGCAACGAAAUGUGUUGAGGGCUAUAAUUACGGGAAGAGAGCUGACGGCUAACAACAACAAUGAAUACAACUCUCGGCACUCACUGUCAGGCAUCACAAUCACAAGCAUCACAAACUCGCACCACCUCACAGACCAACACUCCAUCCCUGGCCUAUCCAUCCCUGGCCUACACUCUCACAAAGCCAUCACAACUAUCGCACCCAUACGUGAGGUAUAUAUGGAUACGAAGCCAUCGGACCAAUUGCACCGAUCGCACCAAUCAGACCGAUGGGCACAAUGUCUUACUCGACAACUGGUGCUUACGAUCGCUGCCCUCAUCACAAUGACAAUUGCGGUCAUGUCUGCGCUAACCAUCACUUGCGUCACCAGCUAUUGUCCCCUCAAACGCAAACUACUACUCUUCAGUGACAAAUCCACUCAAUCACACACUUCUGCAUAUGAUAUGCAAACAAAACACUAUCCAACCCAUCAAACCAGUGCCCGCUCUCUACCAGUCCUAUCAGCCCCUCCAUCUAAGCCUUAA